CACACAGUGCAAAUGAUUUUGGCUCAUGUAAAAAGAAAUAUUUCAAUAAAUGGCCGUCUUUACCAUCCAUAACAAUAACUGUAAUCAACGCAUUUGUUCAGACAGGUGGGACCCUCAAUAAUAAUGUCCAGGCUUACAUGCCAUUCACAUAAAAACAGCAAUAGAAAAAUAACCAUUAAAAGAGUGAGGCUAGAAUUUUGUCGCCGAUCGAUUUAAUGUUGUUACAUUAAAAAGAGGAAUGUGAAUAAGCAAUAGAAAGUAAUCUUGGCAGGAACAUCUUUUAAAAGAUAUAUCUAGGAAAGUAAGUUUGUUUCCGAGGAAACCACAAAGAUUUCUUCUGAGAAUAUGUUAGCCUUUUUUCUACGUAUGUGAUCAUGAUAUUAAUCGUUAAGACAAUAGAAAAUGUAAUUACAUGACAAUAGAAUGUUAAUUGAUUGCUUACAAUAAUUAUAUAUUAGUGUCUUCAGUUAAUCCACAAUCAGAUGAAAUAUGCGUCCAUACAGUGAGGCUAGCCUGGAAAAACUUUGCAAUAUGGAUAACUCAAAUGAGCAAAAUUCAAUCCUUGACAUAAUGCUAAGAAAAAUGGUUGAUAUUAACAAUGGAGAAACCUCAGACGACAAGCAAAAUAGCACUAGGCCCGACACUUCAGUUGGUAAUGAAACAGAUCUGCCGAAGUGGAAUAGCACACCGUCUCUGAUUGGUUCAUCAUCUUCGGUAAGCUCCCCAGCAUCUCUGCCAUCUCCAUCAUGUAAAAACACAAAAAUUGAUUGCGCAGUUUGCGGAGAUAAAUCUUCGGGAAAACACUAUGGUGUACAUACAUGCGAAGGUUGCAAAAGUUUCUUUAAAAGAAGUAUUCGAAGAAAUUUGGAAUAUCAAUGCAGAUCAAAUAAAAAGUGUCCAGUUGAUCAACAUCACCGAAAUCAAUGUCAACAUUGUCGACUAAAAAAAUGUUUUAAUGUUGGAAUGAAGAGAGAAGCUGUACAACGUGGCCGCACUUCAGUCACAGACAACAAUUCGGUGUUUAUGGCGCAGGAUAGUACAUUUUCGUUUACCUUGAUAAGUCAACUUACUGGAGCCGAACCAUUUCAACCAAUCUCUUCUUCAUCCACUACGAACCUUAUGAACAAUGUUAGUCAAAACAUGUGUGAAAUUGCUACUAAACUUUUAUUCAACGGGAUCGAAUGGGCAAAAAACAUCCCAUUCUUCCCAACUUUAUCGUUUACUGAUCAAAUCGCGUUAGUAAAAUUAGGAUGGAAAGAGCUGUUUGUUUUAAAUCUUGGGAAAUGCGAAAUACCUUUCCAUUUGACUGAUCUUUUAAACAGUAAUCAUUUACAAGGCUGGUCAGAAUAUUAUGCUACAUUUUGUGAUCAUGUCAAAGCGUUACAGUAUCAAAUCGAGAAACUUAGACAUUUACAGAUCGAUGCAUCAGAAUAUGCAUGUUUAAAAGCUUUGAUCCUCUUUACACCUGACACACCAGGCUUAAACAACUUUGCAUAUAUCCAUACGUUACAAGAAAAAGCCAUGAAUGCAUUGGAAAGUUACACUAAAACAAAAUAUCCACUUCAACCAGCAAGAUUUGGAAAAUUAUUGUUAAGACUUUCAUCGAUUCGAACAAUAAAUACUGUUGUUAUUGAACAACUUUUCUUCACUUGGUUGGUCGGUAAAACUCCAAUCGAAACAAUAAUACAAGAUUACAUGUUCGGUUGCCCAAGUUUUUCUUAGGUUAGAAGAAAGAAUUGUGGAGACCGAUUUCAUAGGAUAAUCUACAGUAUAACGGAUUGAAGACACGCUGUUGGCGCGACCAUUAUCUUCAUGUUAUCAUAACAUCAUGUUCAUGAACAAACAAAAGCUGAAACAAAUUUUAAACGAUGUACAAAUAUGUAAUAUUUUAAUUUAAAAUGAAAAACAAUCAACACACAUGAAGGGAUCAAUUUUUAUGUUUUCUGUAUUACACACUGUACGAAUUUUUAAAAGUGAGACCAAGUUCUGAUCUAGGAUUGCCAAUCUUACAAAUGUUGUAUUCUUAAAAAAAAUCUGUUUCACUACGGGCCCGUGCUCGCUUAGUCAAACUUUUUUCCAAGUCGUUACCUUUCUGUCAUCUUCG